AGUUUCUCAAAGAGAGAAGAUCACGAAUGAUUGUUAGCGUAAACAUUUUUGGCUAAAAGUAACGACUCGUGGCUGACAACAAAUAAAUAUCAGAAACAAAAAUUAACAUGCUGUUCUUAAAAUUAUUAUUAAUUGAGUUAUUAUGUAUCAAUUUAAUAACAAUGGCUUUUUUAUCGAUGAAAAUGUGGAAAAUAAGUGGCCUAACUUAUUUUAUUAUCAGUUGUCGGACAAUAUAACUUCGCUUCAUUAUGAUGUAAAAGUAACACUGACACCAAAUAAUAUGAGCGGCGAAUCCAAUAUCACUUUUUAUAUUACUUGUCCAACACCAUAUAUAAUUUUAAACAUUCCAAGAUUUAUGAAUAUUGAUGACAUAAGGUUGAAAUCGAUUGAAAAUGGAAUGAUUUGUUCAAUAAAUAAUUUAAUGCAUAUUAUUGAUGAGAAUCGCCCUUUCGAAGGAAAAUUAUUGUUUAUUGAAUCUGUCAAUGAAUUAAUGCCACAAAAAUAUUUAGAACGUGGAAUUUAUACUUUACACUUGAAAUUCUCAUGCACAACAAUUCGCGAUACAAUGGAUGUUUUGCAAACUUUCUACAGAAAGAAAGAUAAAAGUCGCGGAUUCAUAUUCGCAACAAUCCAUCCAAAAAGAGCCCGACAAUUAUUUCCGUGUUUGGACGAACCAACAUUGAGAGCCACCUUCAACAUUUCUGUAGAACAUCAUACAAAAUAUAAAGUUUUAUCAAAUAUGCCGAUGCGAGAAUACAAAUCUGUAAGCGAUUCCAUGAUGUGCACAGUGUUCCAGAUGACACCUCUAAUGUCUAUAUAUGAAGUUGCAAUUAUAAUGUCCGAUCUACACCAGAUUCUUAAUUCGACUGAGACUGUGGUCAACACAUGGUGUAGACAACAUUUGAUACUUAACAUGACAUUCGCGCAAUAUGUCGCUGGAAAUGUAACUAAGUAUUUAGAAAAUGAUUUCAAGAUUUUGAAAAAAAUUCCAAAAGUGGAUUAUGUUGCUAUUCCAAAUUUAAAAGUCAGAAUCAAACAGACUUGGGGACUCGUUUUUUACAAUGAAACAGAUAUUAUCUACAAUGAAGAAUUACAUCCUGCUUCAUAUAAAACUACAAUAAUGCGCUCAGUAACUCGUGAUAUAAUACAUCAAUGGUUUGGUAAUAUCUUCAAACCAUUUUGUCGAUCUCAUCGGUUAUUAAACGAAGGAUUUAUUAUGUUUUUCGAGAUACAUGUCAUCGAAAAGGUCUUUCCAGAUUCUCAAAUAACAGAUUUGUUGAUAGUCCAAACUCAACAAGAUGCUCUUUAUCUAAACUCUUAUACUGCUAUGAACUUUUUGCAAAAGACACAAGCAGUAUAUCUGAGAACCGCUUUAUGGCGCAUGUUGAAUAGUGUACUUCCUCGCAAUUCAUUGUGGAUAAAUUUAAAUGAAUAUUUGAACACUCGAUUUACUUAUUCUAAUUCGACUCCCAAUGAUCUAUGGAGUUUAAUACAGACUGAUAUAGAUCGUAAAUUGAAAAAUAAACUAUACAAUAAUCUAAACAUAAAACAGAUAAUGGAUAUUUGGACUACACAAACGAGUUGUCCUGUGGUAAACGUGAUACGAGAUUAUUCUCAUAAGUACGUAAAAAUAUCGAAAGAAAUUGACGGCAAAUUGGAUCGGAAACCAUAUUUUAUACCUGUGAGCUAUACUAAAGAAACGAACAUCGAUUUCGUUAAUAUCUCGCCACAAAGAUUCGAUUAUUUAACGCAAUCGAAUCCCGAGAUAAAAAUCGACUAUGAUAAUGAAGAUAAAUGGUUUAUUGCUAACAUAUUGCAAACUGGAUAUUAUCGUGUCAAUUAUGACACCAAAAACUGGCGAAUGAUUGCGCGUUAUUUAAACUCUAAAAAGUAUAGCAAUAUACAUGUUAUCAAUCGAGCGCAAAUCAUUGAUGAUGCGUUCCAUCUUGCGAUAGGGAAGAAACUUGAUUUUUCCAUAUUUUGGGAACUCGCGAACUAUUUAUGGCGAGAAAGCAAUUAUGUAGCAUGGUAUCCUAUGAUUAAAAUUUUUGAACGUAUAUCCAGUGCUUUUGCAUUGUCAACAACUCAUGAAUAUUUUGAGGAAAUAAAAAUGAUAAUAGGAAGCUUGUUUAAUUAUGUAGACAAGAAUAUGUACAAUCAAACGAAAUCUAUCACGAUCUUGAAUGACAAUCUUGCUAAACAUUUAAAACAAGAACUCACAAAAUGGGGAUGUCUUAUCAAUAAUUUCUUAUGCCUGGAAAUGGCCAAAGAACAAUAUGAAUGGCAUUUAAAAAAUAAUAAAACUAACAAACUUCUACCUGAGUGGAAGAAAUUGAUAUUUUGUAAUAGUUUAAAGACUGCAAGCUAUAGUGCAUGGAACAAAGCAUUGAUGAACGCGUUGAAUGCAUAUAAAAAGACAUCUGAUUAUGAAAUGUUGAAAUUUCUUAGUUGCUCUGAUGAUCCGCAAAUUGUAUCUAAUUAUAUAUGGUUUAUUUUAAAGACUUUUGAAAUAACGAUCAGAUUUGAUAGAAAUAUCGAUUUUAAAACACUAACACGGAAAAAAGAGCGUCUUUAUGCUAUAACUGCUGAUAUUUUCUUGUCUACUCUUGCCAUGCAUGUUAAGAAUCCUAUAGUACUUAAUAACACAUUGAAGAUCUUUGAAAACAUAACAAACAGCCGAAUUAGUACGAUUGCAACAUUAAUUGUCAUUAUUAAUAAUGUGUAUUCCAAAAAUGAACUUGACAAGAUAAAAAAAUUUGCUAAGGACAUGCCACAAUUAUUUUCGAUACAUAUGUUUCAAUGUAUUGAACAUAAGAUAACAACGCGUUUACUUAAGAUCGAAAGUCAGAUAGAAAUGUAUCAAACUAUGUUUUCUCGAUUGUACUUCAUUACGACAACCACAAUACGUCCGACUACAGCACAUUCAAUUGAAUCUCCGAAAAACAUAACUAUGAAACCUGGUAAAUCGCCUAGGAGAUGGAGUUAAACUUCCUAAUUAUCUUUGAACAUUAAUAAUGCAUAUUCUCAAGGCCAACUUAUCAAGAUGAAAUUUCUUCAAAGUUUAUUCGAAGAGAUCAGCAUGUUCAUUUAUUUGUUGCAAAAGAAUUAACUACAACAUGUUCCUAACAACAACUAAAACUGCAGAGCAUCUAUCGUUUAUAAAAGUCAAUAAACAUAAUCAUAUUAUCCAACAUUUGGAAUAUCUUUUCAUAUAUGUAUUAUUUAAUUAUUUAUAUAUCUAUUGUCUUCAAUUACUUUUUAUAUGUUUUUAUAUGUUUUGUUUCUAAUUAUAUCGUAAAUAUCUUUAACGUUAUUUUGAUUCUUAUAUAUAUUAUUCAAUUUUAAUAUAUUUAUAUAAAUAUAAAUAUAUACAAUAUACAUACAUAUACAUAUAUACAAAUGCAAACAUAAGUGUAUAUAUGUAAUAUUAUGUGUAUUGUUUAUACAGAACUCUUUAUUAA